GCCGGGAGGAAAGGGUCUCUGGAAUCGAGGAGAGAGAGAGAUCGGCGCCGGGUCGAGGGUAGAGGGCCAGACGAGGACGGUCUGCGAGUUGAUAAAACGCCGGGGUCGGGCGAGAGGGGGUGCAGCGCACAGCUGGGUCGAAGGCGAGGACUGGUAGGGGAAGUCGUUGUCCUCGGAGAGCGUUGGUUCGCGCGAGUCACGAGUGAUCCCGUCAGUGCGACGCGGAACGCGUUCCUGGUCGGGUUUCUUGCUCGUGGGGACGCUCGGUUGGACCGUUUCUGUUGGUUCCGUCUCUCUGUUUGGCAGUGGAUCGGCUCCGUUCGACCGCGAGUACACGUACAAGCGUACCGUCCUCUUCUGACCGGUGCAGAGACCACGUUGCGCGACAGGGGACGAGCCUGCCUCUCUUCACUCUCUUUCUCUCUUUCCCUCUGUCGAGCCGUGUGCGUGCGGUUGCCACAGUGUGCCUGGCUGCGUCUCUAUCUGUUCUCUUUCUCCGUAGAGGUGUGCGCGUGAAUAGGGUGCGUGCGUAGAAGUUGGUGGUAGUGCGACAGAAUGCGGUACAACGACCGCAUAAAUGAGUAAUCGAGCGAGAACCGGUCGGAAGGACGAGGAUCCCGGCGGAAAGGACGCUAGCCCGUCGCAGGACUCGAGCCGCUGUGCAUAGAUCCUGACCGGUAUCAAUCGAAGACGACUCAACGAAAAAACAGGAAGCGGAAGACGACGACGAAGAAGAAGAAGAAGAAGAGGAAGAAACAGCUAUUCUCCUUAUAACGAGUCGAAAGCCAACGGAAGAAUCAAGAAGGGUGGAAAAGGCUGAUCUCGAAGGAGGGUCGAAAGGUUGACCGACCCGCGGCAACGGAGAAAGGGGUUAAGGAGAGGACGUGGCGUGGAACCGUGUUCCCUGGCCAACGUGGAAGAGGAGGAGGAGGAGGCGUCGGCGGCGGCGAGAGGAGGCGGAGGGAAAACUGGGACCAAAGAGCGAGGAGGGGAAGAGAUGAGCCUGUCGGGUGACUCGCGAGGCGAGCUGGUUGUCGGCUGCGCGACGAAAGCCAGAUAGCGCCAUUAGUCGUUGCUGGGCGACCGGUAGCCCCGAGCAGAUGCCUGCUACGGCCCUGGCGAUCGGCGACGAAGGCGACGAGGCCGAGGAGGAGGGCGACGGGGAUAGCAGAGGGCAAAGAGCGAUGCAUCCCCCGACGUCGCAGCGCCGCGCACGUCGAUCCUCGAUCGGGAAUCCCCUGAUCGUCCUCCUGACGCUGGGAUGCCUCUCGAUCGCCCGCGCCUCGCCUCUUCAUCCCAUGCCGAUGCUCCAUGCAGGUAUCACCCAGGGCUCGUACAUCGGGUACUACUCGGUGGCCUCUUACGAUACCGCGGCCUUGAGACACCACCGGAACCGGAUGCGCCGCGAUGUCAACGACGUCGUCGACAAUCACCCUCUGCUGCUACACCUGAAGGCACUCGACAAACAAUGGACGUUGCGUUUGAUCCGCGAUAAGAGUCUGUUCAGCAGGGACGCGACGUUCGAGAACACAAACGGGCCGAUCGACUUCGACACGUCGCACUCGUACGUGGGCAGCGUGUUGGAGGACGAGAACGCGAUGGUGCAGGGCAUCGUGACGGAGGACGGCCUGUUCGACGGGACGGUGGUGACCGGAUUCGAGGAAUAUUACAUCGAGCCUACCAGCAGAUACCUGAGCAAGCACGAGGACACGUCACCGGCCUAUCACAGCAUAGCUUAUCGUUCCUCGGACGUGUUGCCGCCUCGGCGGUCCGUGUCUUGCGCGAGUCACCAGCUGCGUCACGGGUCCCUUCAGGAAUCUAUAGAAAGGGAGCAGCGGCGGCACGGCCGCGGAAACGAUUCCCGGACGUUUUACGAACCUUUGCUCGGCGAGAACGUGGCUCUCUACUCGAGGGAGAACAGCGCACGGGUUUUAACUUCGCCGAAGGAUAACCGUGCAGCGGCGGCACGUACCGAAACAACGGGUGACGGAGACCGCGUCGCGAGACACCUGCACAAACGUGCCACCGUGGACCCGCGGAAAACUACCUGCAUGCUGUACCUGCAAGCGGACCAUCAGUUUUUCGCGCGUUACGGCACCGAAGAGGCCUGCAUCGAGGUGAUGACGAGACACGUGCAAAGGGUCAACUCCAUUUAUAAACACACCGAUUUCAAUCAGGAUGGGAGGCCCGACAAUAUCAGCUUCAUGAUCAAGCGUGUGAAAGUUCACAGCGAGGACGCGCUCAGGGAUCCCAAUUAUCGAUUCCCCGGAAACUACGGCGUGGAAAAGUAUCUGGAGCUGUUCUCCGAAGAGGAUUACGACGCGUUCUGUCUGGCUUACAUGUUCACCUACAGGGAUUUCGAGAUGGGCACGCUCGGCCUGGCCUGGACAGGCGAUCUGAAGAACGCCGGCGGUGUCUGCGAGAAGAACGGCCACUAUCGCGGCAGCAUGAAGUCGUUGAACACCGGAAUAGUGACUUUGCUGAAUUACGGGAAGCAUGUACCGCCCGCCGUUUCUCACGUCACUUUGGCCCACGAGAUCGGUCAUAACUUCGGUUCGCCGCACGAUCCAGAACAAUGCACGCCCGGCGGGGAGGACGGAAACUUCAUUAUGUUCGCCCGCGCGACCAGCGGCGACAAGCGUAACAAUAAUCGUUUCAGCCCGUGCAGCUUGACUGCCAUCAACCCGGUUCUGAAUAGCAAAGCUCGCUCGCCGAAGGGAUGCUUCACCGAGCCUCAAGUGUCGUUAUGCGGGAAUGGCGUGGUCGAGGAGGGCGAAGAAUGCGAUUGCGGGUGGGAAGAAGAUUGCAGGGACUCGUGUUGCUUCCCUCAGCGACGUUACCCGCCGCCAGGCGAGACGCCUUGCACCCUCACGCCUGGCUCCGUUUGCAGUCCCAGCCAGGGUCCUUGCUGCACCGCCGAGUGCAUCCUGCGGUUCGGGGACAAGUGCAGGGACGACAACGGAUGCCGGGACGCGAGCUUCUGCGAUGGCCGCACGCCCUACUGUCCUCCUUCCAUCAACAAGCCGAACAAGACUAUCUGCAACCGCGAAUUCGUGUGCUUCAUGGGGGAAUGUACGGGCAGCAUAUGCCUCGCGUACGGCUUGGAGUCCUGCCAGUGCAUUCCAGGUCCGAACGACCCGUCGACGAAGGCUUGCGAACUGUGCUGCCGGCUUCCUGGGGAGAAUCAGCCUUGCUUAUCGUCUUUCGACUGGAACUCUCCGCCCUACGACAUCCCGGACAUGUUCUCGAAGCCAGGAACACCGUGCAAUGAUUACAAUGGGUACUGCGACGUGUUCCAAAAGUGUCGCGAGGUGGAUCCCAGCGGUCCGUUGGCGACUCUGCGGAAACUUUUACUCUCCGACGAGAGUCUAGCCACGUUCCGCCGCUGGAUAAUCGACCAUUGGUACGCGGCUGCUCUCAUCGUUCUCGCGGCGAUAUCGUUGCUGGUGGCGAGCAUGAGAGUGCUGGGCAAGCGGCCGGACCUCAAGCUCAAGUCGGUCACGAUAAUCCACAGCUCAACGACGGAAACGGUGCGUCUACCGCCGGAGGGGACGGAGGGGGUGACGGUGCACCCUCCUGCUGUACGUGCAAAGCUUCCGCUGAGCAGAAAGGUCCGGGAGAAGAGGAGGCACCGAAAGCAUAAGGAGUCCACGCACGGGAACAACGUCGACAAGUCCGGCAAGGUAAAUCCAAGUUUGUCUUCCCAAAAGGACGCAGCGAAGAAGAAGAAGCAACCGCAGUCAGCGUCACAGCAGCAGCCGCAGCCGCAAGCGAAGCGGACGUCCGCGAAUCCGAGCGAGGACUUCGUCAGGAAGAGAUCAGCGGAGGCGACCACCGGGGUAGUUCAGGAGAACAAACGUAAGAAGACGUUCCCGGCUCGAGAGAAGCAGACGUCCGGCGGUGGCGGAGCGGCGAGCAACUCGGAGAGCGACAAGAGGAAGCGCAAGAAGCAGCACAAGAAGGAGGUGAUCGACUACUCGGCGAUCCAGGCGGAGAAGGAGUCGGAGCCGAACGCGGAUCCCAAGAGCAAGGUGCGCUCCUGGCUGCUGGCGUCCUCGCAGUGUCGACCGGAGACGAUCAGAACCAGCGGGACCGGUUUGCCGAAGAGCAAAUCGACUCCCGUCGGGCUGACCAGCGCUGCGACCAGGAUACCGGCCGCCAGGCAGGUGAACGUCUCCAGGAGACCCGGCGAGUCGAGGGAAGCGAAAGCAUCGGCGGGCAACAACGCGGCUAGGAAGGAGCGAGCGAAGCUUCAGGUGGUGUACAAGCCCCCGUUCAGGUUCAGCGUGAAGCUGAAGAAGUCGGACAAGGUGACGCAAGUGGCCGGGCAGGCGGCGAACGCCGGCCACGCGAACGGCAGGUCGAAGAUGCCGAGGACCGGCGUGUUGCUGAGGACCGCGAAGAAGAAGGACAGGGUCAGGAUUGGCAGGGCCAGGCAAAUAGCGCCCACGGGUAUCGGGAACGGGGCUGGCGAUCUACCCGAGCCAGCCAAUUCUGACCUGCACACCGUCCCCUCGGACCUGGAGGUGUUGCUGUCCGAGAGCGAGUUCCUGUUCUCGGACACGUGACCACGGUGAUAGAGACCAACGCGCGCGUGGCGUCUAGAUGUAUCCCGUCCGACGAAGUCAUCGUUUCGCCCGGCCGUCUCGUAGUCGCGUCUCGGUCUCGCCGACAGGGUCACUCGAUCUUCGAUCAAUUUUUAGAAAUCAAAACGGCAGAUUCCCCGCGUGGAACGACGACGAGUUAGGGGACGCCUGACGCGUCCACUGUAUUUUCAAAGACAUUCCAUUUGCAACAGUCGGAGC